AACGGGGUUUGCGCUCCGUGGAGCUGCUGCCAGCGCCGGCCCCCGUUCCCUGCUCCGGGUGGCGCCGUUUGCUGCCCACAGCCGCUGGUGGAGCGGGGAUGCCCCUCCCCGCCGCCCUCGGGGGCUGUGGGAUUCAGCCCGGUCACCGGGCUCGGAAGGAGGGGACAGCGGGGACAUGGUGCUGGUGACACAGCGCUCUGGGCUGGCUGAACGGUGAGGCUGUGGUGUGAUAUCUGUGUGUUCUCUGUAGUGCUGGCCCACCCAAGAAGCUGUUUGUGGAAGGCGAUCACCUCCGGAGGUUUUUCAGCCUGAGUGCGGCGUGGUGGGCGCAGAUAUGCACUUGUGUGGAGUGCAAGAUUAAGGUCAAGAAAUACUUCAAUGGGCUUCUGGAGUGUUGAAUAAAAAAAGAAAAAUGGAGGCAGAGACCAUUUUAAGUCUUAAACAGCAACUCAAGGAAGCAGAGAACGAGCGAAGGAAGGCAGCACAAUAUGGUUUGCAUUUACUGGAGUCCCAGAGUGAGGUUCAAAAUCAGCUGGAUCAAACACGCCGUGAAUUGACUGAGAAUACUGAGAAAUUUGAACAAGAGAAAUACACUCUUCAGAGAGAAAUUGAACUCAAGAACCGAAUGUUGGAAAGCUUGAAUUUUGAGUGUGAUUCCCUUAAACAGCAGCAAAAUGUGCAACUGGAUAAACAGAAAGAGCAGCUUGACAGAGCCUAUGGACAAGAAAUCAGUGACCUUAAAAACAAGUUGGAGAACCUGAAAGCAGAACUGGAUGAAACCAGGCUGUCAGAGAAACAACUGAGACAAAAAGUGGAGCAUCAGAAGGAAAUAAUUGCUGCCAAAUCAGAAGAACUGCACCUGAUGUCUGAGCGUGUGCAUGAGACCAUGUCUUCAGAAAUGCUCAACCUGCAGAUAGAGCUCACUGAACUCCAGAGUCAGAGGGCCAAUGAUGAAGAAAAGCUGAAUGAGCUGAAGUGCAGCAAAGAACAGUUAGAGCUUGUGAACAGCAACUUACGGAACCAGCUGGAGCGGCUGCAGGGGGAAAAGGAGGAGAGGGAGAAAGAAGUUGUUUUUUACAGUAAUGCAUUAGAGAAAGCUCGUGAGGCUAAUCAGGAGCUUCAGGUUCAGCUGGAUCACGCAGUGCAGCAAUCUUUGGACCCUACAAGUAAAGGCAAUUCUCUCUUUGCUGAGGUGGAGGACCGUAGGGCAGAAAUGGAACGACAGCUGAUCAGUGUGAAAGUAAAAUAUCAGUCCCUACAAAAACAGCAUGCAUUCAGUAGAGAACAAUUGCAAAGAAUGAAGCUGCAAAUGGCUACACUGCUACAGCUGAAGGGCUCCCAGGCAGAAUUUGAUCAGCUGGAACGUUUACAGUCCAUGCUAGAGCAAAAGAAUGGUGAAAUAGAAGAUCUCCUGAUGAAAGUGAGGCAGCUAGAAAAAUUUAAGAGUUUAUAUGAGAAUAUGGAGGAGUCCAGACCUGCUAAUGGUGCAAGAGGAAGCGAUUCUGAAAAUGGUUACUAUGCAGAUUUACUGCAAAUCAAACUUGACAACUCAAACAAAGAAACUGAAACACUGAAAAAUGAACUAUCCCUGCAGAGAAUGAAAGCUCUGUAUGAAAGCCAAAGGGUCCUGGAGUUUGAAAGGAAGCUCUUCACAAAUGAGAGGCAUUUGCAGGCUUGUCAGAGUGAGAAUAUGAACCUGAGGGUUAUGCUGGAUGAGCUGAAAAUGAAAUAUGAACCUGAAGAAUUACUUAAAGGGUCAAAAAUUAAAAAGAAGAGGGAGAAAAUUCCAGUGAACACGACUUGUGAAUACUUUGACAGCAAAAAUAGUCCAGUGAAAGAAACUGCUCACACUCAGUUGCCAAGUAAGGAGGGGAAAAAGAUGAAUACCAAGAACCUGGAGCAAAGUGAUGCUUCUCCAAAAAAACAGCCUUUCCAAGCAUCCCCACUACAUACGGCUUUCCAGGCAAUACGAAACAUUGUUGAACCUGAAAGAGAAAGGAAGAGAGUUAAAAUUCAAGAUGAGAAUCGCGGCGCCUUUACUUCGAAUAGCAGAAGUGGAAACAAUUCCUUGGCUCCAGCUGUCCCCAGGUCAGUGUCAGCUUCUGUGUCUGCUCAAGGCAAUCAGCACAGACCUGCAUCUCUUUUCUUUCGCUGCAUGAACUGUGCUCUCCACUUCUUUAUCUAUUUCCUCAGUGUUGCAUGCAGUGUCAUUCCUCAGCUCCAGCUGCCCACGCUGAACCUCUCACUACCUUUUAGAAGGACUAAAGCACUGACUAAUAAGAAAGACUCUUGAAACAGUCCCUGAAGUAACUUUCCACUUGGUUGAAGAUAUUUAAGGUGUGCAGGGAGCAUGACAGCUCACUUGGUUUGCUCCAGCACCAGAAACUUUGUGUUCUUGGUCCCCUCAAAACUGCCACACAGCUGUUACAACUCGAGGUAAUAAAGGCAACUAGAAUCAUGCUCCAGUUUCAUACCUAAUUUCAGCCCUCCACAGCUUCCAGAAUUAGCUAAAAGCCUAACAAUUAAGUAAUUCUUCACCUGAAUUGUGUUAACUUUCAUUGUACAAGAUAAUAGAGAAUUAAUUAGCUAUCUGUGUUGUCAGACAGAUGACAUGUAUGGUCUGGAUGCACAAUAGCUGGAAACACAACUGCUAAAUUAAUAUGAAAUUUUCCCCCUGAACUGAGAAUUGAAGUUACGUUUUGCUAGAUGGUAAAGUAACUGAGAACAAUCAUUAUCUCCAGCUCUUUUUUUAUCAGAUGAAAAUAAUGCUGACCUUGAUUUUCUACUUUUUCAACUGAGGCUUUUUGUAUUCUGUUCAUAAUCUUUGUAAACACAUAUUCGAGUGUUUGGUGGUAGAAAAAAGUUUAGGCUAGUCCAGAUGGUUUGGGCUUGCAACUUGCUAAUAUCUGCUAGAAGAAAUAGCCAAAGUUAAUGGCAUUCAGGAGUAACUGGAUUGAUGCUUUGGCUCUGAUUACUCAAGGUUGCAUGGAUGCAAUUAACAGACUUAAGUAGCCAAACACUGCAGUUUCUUAAAACUAUGGAGGGAAUGUGGCAGAAACAGCCAUUUUAGCAGCUGUGUUAAAAUGUGAGAUUGUUAGUGAGGAGGGAAGAUCUGGAAGGUCAGAUGUGGGUGGAAGUGGAAAGGAAAGAUUGGGAUAAUUUAGUGAUGGUAUUGGGUUUUGACAAUGUCCUCCGCACAUAAAGGAACAGGUAGAAUGUAACUGAUACGAAGAGUUUUACUUACUUCCUCAUAUUGCUUUGGGAAAAGAAGAUAGAAUGUCUGCUUACAGGAAACUGCUGGAAAUAGUUUAUUGGAACUGGAGGGGGAAACCUACUGGAGAGAGGAGGAGGAGUGGAAAUUAUUUAUGGAGUUGAUACUGGAAAGCAGAGAGAGUAGAAAAAGUGGAAGAGGAAGGUGAAACCAUAGUUCGGGGGGAGGUUUCUAAUCUUGUACCCAUUGCUGUUGCUUCAAAUAAGGAACAAAACGUGAAAAAUGUUGGAAAAAUAAAAACCACAGACACAAUUAAGCUGCCACUAAACUCCAUGUAAACUGUAGGCUUUUUUCAGUGAUAGUAUGACCCUGUAAAAGGCAAAUCCAGGCAGAAUGUUCUGUUUGUUUCUGAUUGUGUUAAUGAACUACUAAAACCUCCAAUAAUGAUAUUAAGCCAACAUUAAGGAUUUACUUACCCCUGAUCUGCUAUGAUGUGCUGUAAAACAGGAAAUCAUGUUAAAAUCUGAGUAUUUGAGAAGCUGGAUUUCUAAACACUGAAAGAAUCUCUGGACUGUUCUGUGAUGGAUGUGGCUGAACCUUGGGCACAGAAAAUAUUGGCAAAUUGAUCAGGAGUGAGGACCUGAAAAGGCAGAGCUUAUGGGAGGAAGAAAUAAGGGUGGAUAAUUGUCAGUGUUUCACCUUGUGUUAACUAAAAUGUGAUGCUGCAGCUGAAAAGGCUGUUGCGGUCUCUGGGGGUUGGUUUUGUGCCUGGAAUAGUUUUUGUGCAGUAAUUAGUGGAGCUCUGACAUUGACCCAUGAAUUGUGGGAGAACAGAGCCACCAUAGCUGUGAAAGGGCUGCAAACUUCAUUUCUAGAAAGAGGUGUUUAAUUUAUCAUCUCAGCCCAGGAGGUGAUGAGGACGUGGUCAGAAGUGAUCUAUGUAUGCUUGUGGAGGUGACAAACUCCCUUGUGUGCAGAGACUUCCUUGCUAUGCUGGUGUAAGGAGGUGCAGCUGGAUAAUCUCAGCCAACACCUGUGUGCAGGGCACCUCUGUGUCCUUCCAGAGGGCUGCACCCAGCCCUGGAGCAGCUCAUUAGGUGGUGGCACUGAUCAGGUUAGGAUAUGAGAGUGUUGAGAUGACAGAUAUUUAAAUAUUCAAGUGGUGAUUAUUACUUGUCAAUACAUACUGGAAUUCUGGCAAGGCAAAGCUUAUGUGCAGAGAUAUCUUUUUAGUUUGGCCCACUAAUGGGUCAAUAAAGACACAUUUCUCUAUUGAAAUGCUUUUCUUCCCUUCUUAAACUGAAAUAACAGACUCUAGCCCUUGCUGCAUAACUUAUUUUGCAUUGAGAUUUGAGGCUGUUUGCCUGAGUUUCUUCUAAAGAAGAGCUUGAAUGUCUAAGAGGUUAUUUGCUCCCUUAAAUUAUUUAGUUGGAUUACACACACCAAAUCUACUUCACUUGGGUUUUGUCCAAUUGCCUGUGGCCAUUUGGCUCAGCAGAGAUCUGGAUAACUAAUAAUACUCUUUGGGGUUUUAGGCACAGCCCUCAGCCAGGGAAGUAAAGCUCCCCCUGAUGAAACAAGUUCAUCUUCCUUUAACAGGUAGAAGGAGCCCCAGUUAUAUCUGUUUUGGAGUCUGUAGAGUCAGAGCUUGAAUCAUGUCAUAAUUUCCCCAGCAUCUGCUUGAAGUGUUUAACCAUUGUCUGUUCUUUCUGCUCCAUUCCCUGUGCUGACACCUGAACCAGGACAGUGCUCUAAGGGCUGCUCCUGAGGGCUCUGGGGUGAACCUCAGCUUGCUGCCAGCUGCACAUCUGCUCCUUCCUCUCUUCCACAGCACAAAUGAGGGCUUUGGAUGGAAAAAGUUUGUGAGUAAAGGUGGCAGAGGUCAGCAGGUCAUGGGCAAACCAGACUUGGGGAGGAUUAACUCCUUGCCAGCUAAAGACAGUGGGGCAGUGAGAAAGAAAGAAAAUUGCCCCAGCCCUUCCUCCCAGGCUCAGCUUAACUCCCUCAGUCCUGGCUUGUAUAUCCUCCUCCCCAGGAGGCACAGGUGAAUGUGGUUGUCAGAGUUGUUACAUUAUGUGCUAAGAGAAUUAUGUAAUACUGUAAAAAGGGCAAUAUCUUGUAUAAAUCCAGUUGUGCUGCUUUGAGACAAUUUAAGUGAAUGUGGUUUUUAUUUAUUGUUCUGGUUUGAGUUUUCUGCUUGUUUGUAGGGACUCUGUUGGCAAUUUUGGCCACUAGAGUAGUGGUUUUGGUGGCCUUGGAUGGGGGUUGUUUAAGACAGAAGAGUGGGAGAGACAAAUGAAGGGAGCAGGUUCAUGGACAGAAAGUCUCCAUCCCCAGCUGCAGCUGCUGGGGGAGUGCAAACCACAUGAUGGCUACUGAGAACACUUUUUUUCUAUGCUAGCUGUAACCACAUAAUGAUUUGUCAGCUCAAAAUGAAGGUGAGCAGGGACAGAAGGUGCUCAGCCAUCAGUUACAGAUGUGGGCUUAAUACAAAGCACAUGGUGGAGCAAGCCCUGGUCUGGAGGAGGAGCACAGCAGAGCCUGUUGAGACGGUGCUUAUAGGGAAUAACGAGCACAUGGCCUGCAGUGCAUCACAGUUUGACAGCAGUUUGAAUCUGUUGCUGAAUUUCCCCAAAUUUUUUGGUUACAACUCUUUUCAUAGCCCUCAUGUUCAGCUGCACCUUUCUGUAUUGCAAAUAAGUCUCUAACAACUGAGUAGCAGCUAUUUGUGUUGGGGAAAAACAUCACUGAAAGCAGCUGUCCAUGGUGUAGGGUGCUCACUGAGGGCUCCUGAGACCACUAAAAAUCCACAAGGUCAGCAGAGAAUUACUUUAAUGCAUGUGCUGAUAAACAUGGGCAGAGUUUGUGUUGCUAUAUAAAGUGGUAUUUAAUUUGGAACUUAAUUUUCCAUAAUAUCUUUCUUUGUGAAAGCAAUAAUGUGUAACAGUCAAUGGGCUGUGGGUGAUUUGAUUGGGUAAAAUAUCACUAUUCAUCAGUUGUUCUAAUGGCAAGUUUGCAUGUUCAUUAAGUUCUAAACAAGAUUUGGGCAUCUGAGCACAAUCUGUUUUAAUUUCAGAAUUAUCUUUUUAACAGCAAUGAGGCAGUUUUAUCCACGUUUACAUUGAUAGCAGACUUAAAACCUGUCAGUGGACAAACUAUAUAAUUUAGAGCCUGAAAAGAAAUCUUCCCCCAACUUGACAUUCAAGCACUAAGCUGAAGGCCUUAGUAGUAUAGAAUGAAGUUGAAAGGAGCAUUUUAAGGGUAGGUUUUUUGGUGGUGUAGAAGCAAGAAGCUUGAUUUCAUCCCAUUUGCAUGAUGUUGCUCAUACUUUUCUCCUGGAGUUGUGCUUUUGGGGUCUUGGUCUCUUUUCUGUGGUGUUUCUGAAGGCUGAUCUCAGCCACUUCACAUAUCCAAUAACCUUUCUUACCAAACAUUUCAGCAGCUGAGGUGUGGGGGGAGGCUUUAGGUGAUGAAAUGUGAUUAGGACUGAUAUAAAAAUGCUUUGGUUUAGUCUCAUUUUCGUCUUAAACUCUGCUUGCUCUGUCUCUGUAUAUGGAUGGUCUUGUUGAUUUUGCCUAAAAUUCUUAUUUUAGUCCUGGUUUAUGUAACU